GCCAAAAAUAUCGAUUGUAACGACUAAACAUCUGCAAAAAACGCAUAAAAAAAGUGAAUUAAAAAAAGAAGCCAAACGUCAAAGAGCGGCGAAUCCGGCGCUUCCCGACGCUGCGAACCAGGAUAAGGACACCGGGUACGGAUACGGAGUGGAAGAUGACCGGUAAGGCGGGCGGGGUGGUGGUGCUUAACUGCCGGACGUGCACGCGUGCCUGCAAGCAGCACAAGCCGCUGGAUGAGGAGAUCGAACUGGGACCGGAGGGCAGCACCACGCUGGCCAGCAUGCUCAACUACUGCGCCGGGCUCUCCUUCGAGCCGCAGGACGGCGCCGCCAUGCCGCAGCACAUCUGCCUCAAUUGCCUGCAGCUCCUCGAGCAGGCGUUCAACUUCAAGCGCAUGGUCAUCGACUCCGAUGAGCUGCUCCGCCUGGGCCUGGACGAGGCGCACGGUACCAGCCAUCAACAGAAUCAGCAGUGCCAGCAAAACCAGCUGCAGCACCACGAGAAUCACGACCAGCAACAGCACGCCGGCGAUCCCAGCGAGGAGUACCUCAUGAUCGAGAUGCUCAACGAGGAGCAGGAGCCCGGCACUUUGGAAGAACAAGAAGUUGAGGCCGAUCCUCACGAGCACAUAAACGAGGAGGAAUUCGUCAUCGAGGAAGUGGCCGAUCAUGAGGAGGAGCUGACGGAGGAGGAUCAACAGCAUGAGCAGGCGGGCGGCCAGGAGGAGCACAUCACCAUGGAGAGUGUUCAUGAGUUUCAGCCCGCUGAAGUUGAGUACGUGACGAUUAAGGAUGAGUUCGAAACGAUCGUCACCGAGGAGGAUGAGAUCGAGAUAAUGGAAGAGUCCGGAGCACACGACGAGAUACUGGACGGCCAGAUGAUUGUGAUACCCGCUGAAGGAGCCAUAGACGAGGUAAUCGGGGAGGAGGCCAUCGAGCUAGACGAGAACGAGCGCGAAGAGCAUCUGCUGCCGGACGGAGAGGAUGUCUGCGAGGAGGAGGACUUCCUGGAGGAGUCGCUGGACUCAACGCCUCUGACCACGGGCGAAGCUCUUCCGCAUGUGUGCUCCGUGUGCCAAAAGGCGUUCCGCCAGCAGUGCCGACUGAACCAGCACAUGCGCUCCCACGUCGACGAAAAGCAUUACGAGUGCGAGGAGUGUGGCAAGCGACUGAAGCACCUGCGCAACUACAAGGAGCACAUGCUGACCCAUACCAAUGUCAAGCCGCAUCAGUGCAACAUCUGCGAUCGGUUCUAUCGCACCACCUCUAGUCUGGCAGCCCACAAGAGAACGCAUGCUGAGGAGAAGCCCUAUAACUGCGAUCAGUGCGGCCGUGGAUAUGCGGCCUACGAUCACCUGAGACGUCACAAGCUCACCCACACGGGUGAAAGACCCUACGCCUGUGAUCUGUGCGACAAGGCGUACUACGAUUCGUCCUCCCUGCGCCAGCACAAGAUUAGCCAUACCGGCGAGAAGGCCUUCACCUGCGAGAUCUGCGGCGUGGGGCUGUCCCAGAAGUCGGGCUACAAGAAGCAUCUGCUCGUCCACACCGGCGCCAAGCCGCACAAGUGUCCCAUCUGCGGACGGGCCUUUACCUUUACCAGCAACCUCAAUGCCCACGUCCGUCUGCAUUCCGGCGAAAAGCCGUUCAAGUGCGAGAUCUGCAUGAAGGCCUUUCCCACAAAGAAGCGUCUGAAUAGCCAUUUGCGUGUCCACAACAAGGAGACGCCGGUGAUGGCCACCGCCGGCGGGCAGUCAAUCGAUAACCGCCGACGGGCGGUGGCUGGAGGAGCAGGCGCCGGAGGAGCCGCUAACCUGCACCUAACCGAUGUACCUGAGCAACCGGUGUCCACCUCCAAAGUGGUGGUGGUGCUUUGAGCGGGCACCAGCCGGAGGGUGCGGCUGUAUAUUGUAAGACUAGUCUAAGGUUUUUACAUUUACGACUACGUGGAGCUGUUAGAAAUCAAACACAAUAAAAAGUAAUGACGCUGUA